AUGGACUGCUUCUCUCCCACUCCGCUUGACGAAAAAUAUAAUGUGUGGAAUCCAGGUAAUGUCAUGUUCUACUGCACAACCUGCGGUGUGGAGUUCCACAUCGGUUGUGGUGAGUUUCCUAGGAGGAUUACACAUCCUUGUCACUCUCAUUGUACUUUGAAGUUCAAGAAGCACAAUGGUGUUGUUGUAGACAUAGAAAAGCUAUGUGAAGCAUAUGUAUAUCCUAUUUCCUCCUACCAAUUCUAUGAUUGCGAGGAAUGUGAUUACUCUCUCUACGAGGUAUGUGCUGGUCUACCUAAAAAGCUGGAUCACGCUUCACGCAUUGCACCAUCAGACUCUAAUCUUAGAACCGUCUCCUCAAAAAGAGUACUUAAACAUGGCUUGUCGCGUUUGUUUCCGAGUAACCACUGGUUUCAGUGGGGUCAGAUGACCUCCUUCUCAUUGACUACAUCCGCCCCUGAUUCGCUCUGUGAUAUCCAUGUGAUAUUACACUACAAGUUCGACAAGCAUCCGCUUACCCUUUCCUACGGCGAAAACAUCGGCGCUGAUGAUGUCUACUGGUGCGAGGUGUGUGAAAAAUUAUUAGAUCCAGAGGAAUGGUUCUACACAUGCGAUGAAUGUUGCACCACUAUCCACCUUCAAUGCUUAUUUGGAUCCGAUCUUUUUCUGAAGCCUGGUUUCAUAUUCAAGUACCUUUUUAGUUUUUGUGGAAGUUAUGCGAAACAGUAG